AUGAGCGAAGAAGCCCUCGAAAGUGGCGGACAUGGCGCACGCAAAGCCGUAGAAGAAGCUGGCUUCAGCGCAGAACUCAAGGCCCAGCUCGAGCAACGCAUAGCUGCAGUAUCCCUCCAGUCUCCUGAAGUGAACCUCCCCGCCUCCGCCUCUCGCCACACACGCGACCUCGCGACGACCGAAGCAUGGACCGGCACCGAGAGCAUCCACGACGCCUCGCUGCGCAUGCUCAACGACGCCCACAAACCGCUGCGGAUGGGAAGACGGUCAGCACCGGGGCCAGCAGUCCAAAUGCCACAGAACAUCGACACAGGCCGCAGGCGCAGCAAAGCGGGCCAAGGUCUGCGCCUGGCUAACGCCCGCGACCGAACAAACAUAUACGCCUCCGUGCAGUCCGAUGCCGACCUUGAAGAAACAGAGCGCCAACAACGGCUUCAAGCGUUGAAAGACCGUUUCGAACCAGGUGCGCGCGCCAUCGUGCCCGGAUCGAUCCAAGGCCUCGCCUCGCUGGCAAACAAACGCAUCGAAGACGCCAUCGCCCGGGGGCAAUUCAAAAACAUCCCGCGCGGCAAAGGCAAGAACGUGGAGCGGGAUCACAACGCAAACUCCCCGUUCAUCGACACGACAGAGUACUUCAUGAACAAGAUCAUCCAGAAGCAAGAAAUCGUGCCGCCAUGGAUCGAAAAACAGCAAGAGCUGACGAGCGCCGCGUCGAGGUUCCGGAGCAGGCUAAGGGUGGAUUGGAAAAGGCAUGCGGCACGGAUGAUAGCGAGUGCGGGUGGUUCGCUGCAAGACCAGGUGCGGCGGGCGGAGGCGUACGCAAGGGCGGAGCAAAUCGUCAACCCAUCGAGAGUCAAGAAGGAGAUUUUGACGACAGUGGACGAAGACGGACAAAUGUCGCAAAUCUCACUAUCCGGCGAACUCAGACGCUCCUCUACAGACCCCUCACGCAGCACCCUCGUGUCUGAAAUCACCGCCGAGAAAACUCCUCUCGACUCCGGCGCAGAUUCCGCUCCCAUGGCGACAACAACGCAAACCAUUCAGGUCCCGCUCAGCGCUCCCAGCGCCUCUGCUGAAGCCUUGGUCACUCCAUCCCAACCUCCCUCCUCCCAAACGCCACCAGCCACACCACCCGCCCCCCUAACCGUCUUCCGCGACCCCCUCUGGCUAUCAAACGAAACUUCCUAUCUUACCGUGGCCAUCGCAGAUUUAAACUCCAAAGCACGAUCCUACAACCUGCAAGCCCCCGAACUCGCCCGGAAGCCGUACUUCAAUCUCGACCGUGAGCUGAAAGCGUGCUACUCGGACGUCGCUCCUCUUCUUGCUGAAGCGAUAUUAGAUAGAGCUAGGAAGCCGGCGAAGAAAGCGUCGGAGAGUUUUGGGCAGCAGCUGAGCGAGCGGGGGAUCAUGGGGACGUUGGGCGGUGGGCCGGUGAAGAUCAGAGAUGAGAGGACGACGAAACAGUACGGUUUCAAGCAAUUCUGGAAUGACUUGUUUGCGCCGAAGCCGAAGGACCCGUGGGCUUGA